AUUCUUCGGUGUUACGAACAGCGGACUUUGAAAAAGCUGGAAACUCCUUGGUUCAAGCAAGUCCGUUUCUUCUUCCUCUUAAUAAAACAACUUGCUCCGCUCCGUGUGCAAAACAUCAAAAGGUCCUUGGCAACAUGGAGCGGGAUACUUACGCUCUAUAUCAUACUUUGGGUGUACAAAAAACUGCUACCGAAGAAGAGAUUAAAAAAGCAUAUAGACGUUUAGCAUUAAGAUACCACCCUGAUAAAAAUCCAAGUGCUACCGAUCAGGCCAUUACUCAUGCUUAUGAAAUCCUAAGCGAUCCAAAAAAGCGUCAAGUGUACGAUAAAUAUGGAGAGAUGGGAAUUAGUAUGCUGGAUUCUGUAGCCGGUUUCCUGUUAGAUCCUGACAUUCAAGGACCAUUAUGCUUGCUAUUCACCAUACUUUCAAUUCUGAUUAUCCUCAUGAUCCUGUUUUUCGUCUUCUUAUCAAUACAAAUAGAUGGUUCUGUAUCAUGGAGUUAUGGGGUUGUAUUCAUACCAAUAUGGAUUGAAGAUGUUCUUUUAUUUUUUGUUAGAGAACAAGCUAGGGAAGCAAGGCGAAAACAACAAAGAGCUCUCUCAAGGACGCGGAAUUUUUUAUAUAAUAUUUAUUUGGUAAUGAUCUUAUUAUUUCAAGUUUUUAUCGUUCUUCGAGCUGAUAAUAUAAUAACAUGGAAAGCCGCUAUGAUAUUUGCUCCUUAUUUUGUUGUCGAGGCAAUCAACUUAUAUCCUACUUUCUUAGUUUAUUUGGAUCUGUUAAAAUCUCCUAUAGUACUUGAUGUCAAUGGCAAUUCUUCUCUUUAUCUUAAGAUUAAGUGUUUCUUUGAUACUUUUUGGUGGUUUGCCAUUCGUAUUUCUCUUGCCAUUUUAAUUGUCCUCAAAAUUGAUCAAAUUAUCAAUUGCGAUUGGGCUGUUGUUUUCAUCCCAUUAUAUCUAGUUGGUAUUAGAUAUGGUUUUCAAAUUUUAUGGCUAUGGUGGAAUUUAAGGAGAACUGAACCUUUGCAAAAUAAGGGAAGAGUGGAUGUCAUUGUUGGUGCC